AAGUGUUUUAAGAAAAAAAAAAAACAACAAGAAACUAAAUAAAACAUGAACAUGGCGGCCGCGUCUCGUUUACACAAUAACUCAAAAUUAAUUUAAUAUGCUGGCAAAUGAGCAAAACGAAAACUACGCUAAAAGGCCCUAAACCGGAGGAGUUGCUUUUAGAAGGCUGCUGUUAGCAACAUGGCUGCCACAUCCGCUGGCCAACAGCAGCAGCACCAGCAGCAUCAGCACAAAUUGAAUAUGAUCGGGAGUGCUGAGACAGUUGUUGCCAGUGAGAUGCAUCUCCAACAGCAGCACCAACAGCAGCAGCAUCAACAGAUCCACAUGUUUAAGCAACAUCAGCAAUUGUUGCCACUGCAUCAGCAGCAACAGCAACAGCAGCAGCAACAACAUCAUCAAUUUUUCCAGCAGCAACAGACAAAAUUUGUAUCGCGGGUCGUUACAAAUGCAGCAAUGCAACAGCAACAGCAACAGCAGCAGCAGCAGCAUAUGCAACAAAUAUUACCAGCUGGUUUGGUAAAUGGCAAUGUAAGUGCAAACAUGAUGCAAGCAACAAAUCUGCAUCACCAGCAGCAGCAGCAGCGCAACAGUCAGCAGCAUAUAUUUGUCUGUCCAACGAGCAGUCCCCAACUACUCCUCCAACAUCAGCAGCAGCAAGCUCUGCCACAGCAACAGCAACAGCAACAACAAACGAAGCUUCGUCAGGCGCAAAUAAAGUUGCCAGUAAAGUCAACAGCGGUCGUUGCAGCAGCAGCAGCAUCGACAGCGACAGCGGCAACUAGUGCUACUGCUGCAACAAUACUUGCCUCGCGUCAAAUGAGUCAGAACAAUCAGAUCUAUGCCAAGAAUGUUGCCAACAAAGCCAGCAACAGCAGCAGCAGCAGCAGCAGCAACAUGAACAGGAAAAAUGUCAGCUACAAUGGAAAUUUGGCUCCAGGCUGGCGUCGUUUAACCAGCAACAAUGAAGUGGCCUACAUCAGUCCCACGGGAAAAACGCUUCGCACGCAAUUCCAAAUCAAGGACUAUCUGCUGACGCAGGGUACCUGCAAGUGCGGUCUACCCUGUCCGCUGCGACCGGAAUGCCUAUUCGAUUUCAAUGCACAGGUGCCUAAUAUGCCACUGAAGCUGCCAACAGUUGCUGCAGCCACGGUCGAAUCAGCAACAACGGCGACGACGACGACGACGACGACACCUUGCCUGCACCAGCGGCGAUUUCUUGAAUCUCAGCAGCAGCAACAGCAGCAGCAGAGUGUCAAUGAUGCGACAACGACAACGACGCUGCCCGCCGCAAACGUAUCUGUAUCUGUAUCCAUAUCUGGGCCAGCAGCUGUCAGUGAUGUGUUCUCGACGCUGAUGAGAACGACGGCGACGACGACGACGACGACGACAGCGGCUGCAACGGCGGCAACAGUCCAUGCAACAAUAACAACCACACCUGAAAUGGCCAACAAAGAAGCUGAUUGCCACAAAUACGGCAAUAACAAAUUACCCCCACGGAGCCAUGCCUAUGGAACGGGCACGACCACGCCCACGCCCACGCCCACGACUGUAAUGCAAACUAGUCAAGCAUUAGCCGGAAUAGGAAUAGCAAUAGGAGGAUCUGCAACUGGAACUGCAGCUGGAGUUGGAGUCCCGAAGCGCUCAGCCGGAGGACAUGUGAUAAAGCAGCCGCCAGCAGCAGCAGCAACAGCACCUUCUUCCCUGCCUCUACCCGUGACGCUGCCUCCACCCGCUGCAGCGCAACUGCUGCAACAGCAGCAGCAGCCCAACUUCAAGGACGACCCCGCCGGAUACCUGCAGCAACAGACCGUCCUGCUGCACAAUACGCUGGGCGGGGGCCUAGACACGGGGGCCAAGACCGUGACGGUGUCGGCCAGAGCCCUGCCCCAGGAGCCCAUUGUGCACAGUUCCCAGCAGCAGCAGCAGCAGCAGCUUCAGCAACUGCAGAUGCAGCGCCAGAGGAUACGACGGCUGUCGGUCUUUGGCGGCAAGUGGGAAGCGGAAUCAGUGGGAACGAAUGCCAAUGCCUCCUCCAAUGGGAGUCCCGGACAGCGCACUCUGCAGGUGGACACGCAGGCCUUUGCGCGGCCACAGAAGCCACAGAUUACCAGCGUCACGGUGGUGCCACCGCCCCAGGAGUCGCCCGUCUCGAGCAGUGCGGCAGUGCUGCAGGACGCUGUGGAGAAGCGGCCCGAGCAAGUGGGAGCCAUCUCCACCAGCCACGAGAGUCCCAGGCAGAGCUUGUCCUCGCCCACGGAUUCGCUGCUGGAUUCGGGCAAGAGCACGCCCUCGCCAUCACCAAAGCCGCAACACCAGCAUCAUCAGCAGCCCCCGCAGAUCCUGCAGAUGCGUACCCAGGCGCAGGGACAGGUUACCGCUGCCGCUCCCCAGUUGCGUGUGAUGCGCCAGCAGCAGAACCAGUCCCUCGCCGGACAGAGGCUGACUGUGGCCAGCAGCAAUGCAGUGGCCACGAUGACACGCAGCAUUGUGACCACCACGGCGGGCACUGGGAUCACGGGGCGACCGAUCACCACGCUGAGCAGCUCCCAGGCCGGAAUGGCGCAGCUCCAGGCGAUGGCCGGCCAAAUGGCCGGCGCCACGAAUGGCGGGGGUCAGCUGAUAAUGACCUCCUCCGGCCAGCUGCUGGUCAUCCCAGGGCCGCAGCACAGCAAGCAGGGGAAUCCGCAUCUGCAGCAGCAUCACCAUCGCGCGGGCAUCAUCCAGCAGCAGCACCAGGAGCUGCACCCGCAGCCGGGAGGCGGCUACAUUGUGAGCCAGCCCUCGCCGGUGGGAGCAGCCACCUCGAGCAGCGGCAGCAGCAACACGGUGAUACUCAACUCCGGGGGCAAGCUGUUGCACCACCAGAUCAUCACCUCGCAGGCGGGACAGGGGGCAGGAGGAGGCGCAGGCGGAGCAGCCGGUGGCCAGACAGUGCUGCUCAACACGCUUGCCAACGGCGGCUACAUUGUCCAUCAGCAGCAGCAGCAUCAUCACCAUCAUCAUCAUCCACAUCAACAACAACAGCAGCAGCAGCAGCAGCAGCACGUGGAGCAGGUGCUGACCAUGCCUCAUCCAGGUGCGCUGCCGUCGCAGGGCCAGACGCUGAUCAUCACCUCGCCGGAGGCCAAACGGAGGCCGCGCAAGCGCAAGAGUUCCGUGUGCCACACGCCGCCACCGGCGAGUGGUGGAUCCCCCGCCAAGACGCACUCCCCCCAGAUCUCGCCCAGCAUCCCCAGCCAGGCGCCCGCCCUGCUCCAUCAGCAGGCGGCGGCGGCGGCAGCAGCAGCUGCUGCACCACAGUUCCAGCAGCAGUUCCAGCUGAGUCCCGGCAUCCAGGGCAUCGUGGUGAACAAGGCCAAUGCCGCGGCUCCGCAACAGACGCAGCAGCUGCUGCUGCAGAACGGCCAGAUCCUGCAGCAGGUGAACCUCAUCGGGCAGCAGCUGCUGAUGCCCGCGGGCCUGGUGAUGGCCCCAGACGCCACCCUGCUGCAGAUCCAGAACAUGCCCACAACCAGCCUGAUGACGCCCCAGGGGCCCGUGAUGCUGCGCACUCCGUCGCCCCAGAGCAAGCCCUCCUUCAUCUCGCCCGGCGGCGGCGGCCAGCAGUACAUUGUGGGGGCCAACGGGCAGCUGAGUCCCAUUGGACAGAUCUACUCCACGCCCAUGGGCCUGGUGAUGCCGACGGGCCAGCAGGGUGGCGGCUCCACCUUCGUGCAGGCGAGUCCCACGACGACGACCAUCCAGAUCCAGCAGCAGCAGCAGCCAUCACAGCAACAGCAGCAGCAGCAGCAGCAGCAGGCACAGCAGAUCAGUCUGCAGCAGGCCCAGGGCACCACCUAUCUGACGACGGACUCCUCGAUGGGUCGCCAGGGAACGGCGGCCAGUCCGCCGGACACCACCACAUGCAGUCCACGGAGCCCGGAGCGACCUCCCAGCCAUCGGAGCACUGGCAGUGAUAUGGUGCAAUGCGUCUCCAGCUCGGAACCGGAUGCCGCCGUCUCGCCGCAGAGUGUCGAGAGUCGGCAGUCGCCAUCUUCCACAGACUGUGAGCGGAGCUUCGGCAACAGCAGCAGCAGCAGCAAUCUCUUCACGCAGCCGAGUGGGAUGUACAAGCAUUCGGAACCGAAGAUUCGACGGAUACACAUCACAUCGCAGGCGGCGCUCGAGAACGGGAUGAGCCUGAUGGGCCAAGAGUCGCCCAGCACAACGCAGCCCCUGUCAGCGGCCGCAGCAACAGCAGCAACAGCAGCAGCCGCAUCACCAGGCGCCACAUCAUCCACCACGAUGCCGGAGGCCAAGACCAAGACCACACCAACGAAACGAUCGCGUCGCCCACAGCGCGGCUCUGGCCGUGGCACAUGCCACACAACCACUGCCACUCCGUUAAUGCCGCCUCGAUCGUUUGCAAUUGGGGAACUGAUUUGGGGUCCGGCACGGGGCCAUCCCGCCUGGCCCGGGAAAAUCGUCAAGAUGCCCGACGGCGUGUGCACGCCCUCGCAGCAGUUCGACCACGUGUGGGUGCAGUGGUUCGGCGGCGGCGGCCGCUCCACCUCCGAGCUGAUUCCGGUCAACUCGUUGCAAAGCCUCUCCGAGGGUCUAGAGGCGCAUCACAAGGCCCAGAAGGACACCAGAAACCUCCUCGACACCCACAUCUGUAGCCACAGCGGCAGCAGCAUCCUCAUCUUCAUCCGCUGCUUCUCCUCCGGCAGCAGGACCAGCAGCAUCGGCAGCAUCAGCAGCAGCCGCAGUAAUUCAGCCAUCGCCGCCACAGCCCUCUUCAACGAACAACAAAAUAAAUGGACUGGCGCGGAGCAAGCGCCAGCAGGCCAGCACAAGUGGAGCCAACAGCAUGGUGCUGACCGCCAGCACGGCGGCCACGCUGAGUGGCCUCUUCAAUCAGCAGCAGCAACAGCAGCAGCAGCGAGCCAAGCCCAUACGCAUUGCGCCCGCUCCACCAUCCGCUUCAGUGGGCAUGGGAACAGCAGGGGCAACAGUCACGGCAGUGACUGCCAGUGGAGGAUCAGAACUUGCGCCUGGGGGCAGGACGGAGAUCCUGAAGCUGGCCAAAUGACCUGCGUUGUCGGCGUUGUCGUCGACAGUAAGCACAGCGAACUACACGCUCGUCAUUGGGCACAAGUAGGGGCCAGGCCACAAACUUAGUAUAUAAAUACCUACAGCAUAUGAAUGUGUAACUAUGUACGAGUAGAAAAUCAGUUUAGUUAGAUGUCUUCCUCUGGCUCAGCUCAGAGACAGAGUGUCGCUUUGGAGUUGGUUGUUUUCUCUUGUUUAACAGACCCACACGACUCCCUGUUUAGUUGCGUCGCCGGGCGGCGCUGCCACACAUUUGAAAUAGACAAUAAUGCAUCCAGAAAAUGUUAAUCGAAAUCGAAUUACAAAAGAUGGUUCUAACCAUAAGUGAGCGACAGGUUUUGUUGCUUCUUAGACAGCGCUGCGGCGCAGAAUUUAAGUUGUUUUGUAUAUACACAUAUUAUAUAUAUUUAACUAUAUAUAUAUAUAUAUAGAUAUCCCUAACCCUAACCCUAACAGAUGUACAUGUUAAGUAUUUAUUUAUUGCGUAUAGAUUUAGGUUCUUAUAGGUUCUUGUUUUCGUUGCAAUUUGUAGAUCUAACCAUUAUUUUUAUAAAUAGGUAGCCUAAGACGAACUUUAGCCACUAAGUUCAGCACUGGAUAACCAUCAAUUACUCGAUUAAAUAUGUACUUUGGCUUUACUGAACAAAUCCAUACAAAAACAAAUAACGAAAGAAUCAAAAGCAGCUAUAUUUGUGCCCGGUUAACUCAACAAACCAACAAAUUAUUUAUGUCGUACCGUAUGCGAAUGCAAACACACACACACACUGAGAAAAUCGCGAAAAGAAGCAAAUAAAGAGAAAUUAUAUUUAUAAAUUGUUAUUAUUUAUUUAGUUGAAACUAUUGUAAAAUUAUAAUUGUACAACAAAAUGCAAGAAACGAAUUCACACUUAGCGGAACCACAAAAACAAAUAAAUUAAUAAA